ACUUUCUUAUCUUUUUCCUUUUCCUCUCUAAGCAAACGCAAUGUUCGCUGUUUUGUUUUCUUUUUAUCUUUCUAAUUCCAUUUCUUAGCUUCGCAUGGCGUCAUGAAUCACAAUCAUUUCUGUUUGUUUCUAAAGUUUCUAAACUUUAUCCGUCUUUUCUUCUCUUCUAGAAUCUAAAGCUCGAGCUUUUUGUUUUCUUUUCAUGUUUGCGUCAAAGUGGAAACUAUGAAUUAUUCUUAGUAGUUUCUAUAAAUGGUGUUCUUUUAUUAUUUUCAAGAUCUUUUAAGACAGCUUAUAGUGAGAUUUUCUUGUGUUUGGCGUUUUUGUCUUUUUCAAGGUUUAGUUAAUAAUGGCUGAAGAAGGGCCACCAAAAGUUCGUUUCGUUCGUUGCCCAAAGUGUGAAAGUCUCCUAACAGAACUUCCUAACUACUCUGUCUAUGAGUGUGGUGGUUGUGGCUCUCUUCUUCGAGCGAAGAAGAAAGUGACCAUAAAUGGUAUAUUAGUGGAGAAACUUGAAAGGGAGAGUGAUGAAGAUGGUUUUGAGAAAUUGGAGAGUUUGUCAGAGAAAGAAGAUGGUGGUCGUGAUUUAGGUAUUGGACUUGAGGUUGAGAGGCGAAAAAGAGAUGGGGCUUUGCUUGAUAGAGGAAAAGAGAGAGUCUUUAAAGAAAAAACUUAUCAUUUGGUAAGUAAUUAUAAAGAGAUAAUUAAUAGUAGCAAUAGAAUUGUGAGAGAGCAGAUUGUGGGUUAUCAAAGAGGCGAAGGGAAAGGAACUGAUUACAAUGACGGGUACAAGGCACCACUGAAUCACCCAGCUCGCAAUUGGGUUGGCAAUGAUGGUGAGGAAAUGAACAUAAAUGGAUUUGAGUCUGUUAAUUUAAGUAGAGAAAAAGAUAUGGAAAAUAUUUCAGCUCAAUUUAAGGGUUCUACAGGGUCUUUGAGGUCAAGGGCUAUGGUGGGAAAAUGGGGUUUGAAUAGAGAUGGCUCAGGGGGACGUCAUGGAAACCUCAGAAUUGCUGAUGAGCGAAGCAAUGUUUCAAAUUUUGCGUCUUAUCCUGAUGAGGGACCUUCCAACUAUAAUUAUGUGAAAUCUUCUUCUCAUGGACAUGGUCAGUUGUUGAAGAACUUCGAUAACAGAUUUGAACACUUAGAACCGGAUCGAGCUGAGCUGAUUCGGAAGUUGGAUGAGUUAAAGGAACAAAUCUGCAGAAGUAGUUCUGCGGCUGAGAAACAAACUCCUCCUGGUUUUUACAACCACGACCGUGCUCCAUACAAUUUUCCUGUGAAACCUUUGGCUCCAGAUAAGCAUGUCCCAAGACCCCUUUACUUCAGGCAAAAUGAUUAUGGACAUGUUGUCAGAAACAGUGAAGAUAUGAAUAUGCAGAACUUUUACUUUCCUCCGAAGCAUAAUGCAAAUAAAUUUCCAGUUUAUAAGAAUUCCGUUCAGCUGCAAAUGCCCAGGUCAGACUCCCAUCCAGCACCUGACCGCUACUCGCAGCAACCACUUCGUGACUACUAUCUGGGGACACACGAGGGUUUUGAUCGAGAACCUCUCGCAUCUUAUCCUCGUGGAACAAUGUAUCACAAGCCUGCUUGUGCCUGUUUCCAUUGCUAUAACAAGAAAUGGCAUGUUCCUUCACAAGUUCCAGCCUCUGUUUUUGGUCGCAAAUAUUUUAUGGAGGAACCGACCGUUUCCAACUUCAACCACCAGGUCGAUCACAUCAAAUCCAGGUCUGGGAAUCCUACUCCUCAAGUCAAUCAUCGUGCUUUGCAUUCACGAGAUGCACAGUCAGAUAUUGGAUGGCCAAGUGACAUUGAUUCAAAUAUGGAUGUUUUCCGCCAUAGUCAUCUGGGGAGGGUGGUGGUAGCCCAUGGAGAUGGGCGUAUUUGCCAUCCUAUCACUGGCGGUGCCCCAUUUAUAGCAUGCUCUAGUUGCUUUGAGUCACUAAAACUGCCAAGAAAAUGUAAACUAAGGGAGAAGAAUCAGCAGAAACUUCAAUGUGGUGCCUGCUCAACAGUGCUCUUUAUUGAAAUUAGGAACAAGAAGUUAGUUAUGUCAAUUCCUGUCAAAAACAAGCAAAUCUUGGCUGAAGCUGCUGAUGGAUCUCGUGGAGAAGGUCUCUGGAGCCCUGAAGGUGAUUUUAAUGCUGAAGGAACAAAUUGCUCAGUUGAUUUGGAUAAUGUUGGUUAUGACUUCCAGUCAGCAGAUUUCAAAGGAAAUGUAUUACCAGAAGACCGGAGGCUGAACUUAAAUGAAUCUAGGGCAAGGCACAGCCUUACUUCUCUAUCUUCUGUUUCUUCUGGGGAGGACAAGAUCACGGACAGUAUGAUUGUUCAGAGAGAUUUAUCUGACUUUCCUGAGCUACCCACAAAAGACGAUACAUCUUCAACAUAUCUGCGUCCGCUUUUCAUGGAGAGUUUAGAUGAUAUCUCAUCUAAUAAUAAAAUUAACAGAAAUGGGGAAGGAGACGAGAGCAAUAAAGAGGUUAUACUUGACAAGGAUGCUUGUAGGGAGAACAAUCUCAAUAAUAUAUCAUCAGAAACUGAAGUUGAAGUUUCUUUCAGUGAAUUCCUAAACACUACCACCUCUCAAGACUCUUUGGAGGUAAGCAAAGAAGAUCUGCAGCCUAGGAUCAAUAAAGGAAGCGAAUCAUUCUUGGUGGGUCUCCUCAAGAAGAGCUUUCGGGAUUUCUCAAGAUCUAAUCAGCACAAUGAAUAUGAAAAACCUAAUGUUUUUGUUAAUGGGCAACCUAUUCCGGACAGUAUGGUGAAAAAGGCUGAAAAGCUUGCUGGGCCAAUUCAUCCUGGAGAUUACUGGUACGAUUCUCAAGCUGGAUUUUGGGGUCUGAUGGGACAACCUUGCCUUGGCAUAAUUCCUCCUUGUAUUAAAGAGUUCAAUUAUCCCAUGCCAGAAAAUUGUUCUCUGGGAAACACGAGUGUCUUUGUCAAUGGGAGAGAGCUUCAUCAAAAAGAUUUGGAUCUACUUAAAAGCAGAGGACUACCAACCACAAAGGAGAAGUUCUAUAUCAUUGAAAUUUCGGGAAGGGUUUUUGAAAAGGAUUCUGGCAAAGAGCUAAAAAGCCUUGGCAAACUUGCCCCUACAGUUGAGAAGAUGAAGCGAGGCUUUGGGAUGAAGGUUCCGAGAAAGCUCGUAUGAUCAUCCGCAUUCGUGAUUUAAUAGACCUUGUGCAGUUGUAUAUAUUAAGAGCGUUCACCCUUUUUAUCAUUUGCAUGUGUUCUAUUGAUGCCCUAAACUGUGCUGUCUUGACACAGUGAGUAUUUAUGUCAAGUUUUUGAUAUGCUUGUAGUGAAAUUUAUGAGAUAAAAAUAGUAAAGAAACACACUAGUGUAUACAGUUUGAGUACUUUAUUCGUAUACAAUUUGGAUUAUCGAA